AUGGAACAUUUAAAAACAUUACGUGUCAAGCGAGGUAGCUUAGAAGCGCGACUAGCAAAUUUUCAGAUAUACGUAGAAAAAUGCAUGACACAAAUCGAUUCAAUAGACGAUAGAGUCUUAAAAAACAGACUUUCGGAUAUUGAAAGCCUACUCGCGGAAUUUUCGGAGCUUCAGGUAGGCAUUGAAUGCUCGGUGAAAGAAGAAGACUUACAAGGCGAGUAUGACAAGCGCAAGGCAUUUGAAAACGACUUUUAUUCAAUUAUUUCAAAAGCGCAAGGUCUUGCCAAGGAAAAUAGUACAGAUAAUGUAGGUUCAGCUUCGGUUUCCAAUCCGGGAAAUAGCAGAUUCCCUAGCUCAUCAGAAGUACGAUUACCGGCCCUAAAUCUGCCAAUAUAUUCAGGAGAGACAGUGACAAUUAGAGAAUGGGAAUCAAAGGAUUUCAUGAAUGAUACUCCUAAGUUGGAAGCUUUUCUCACAUUUUUGAAACAAAAGGCAAAAAUGCUCAAAAGAAUGGAGGAAAAACCUACAGAGGCAAAUUCAAGCCAAAACGUAAAGGGACAAACUUCUAAACCACCAGCAGAGUCUAGUAAUAGAUCUAAUUCUCAUGUUCAGAGAAGUUAUCACAUCUCAAAUCGUACUUGUGCAUCAUGCGAUGCUCCAAAUCACAAAAUUUAUACAUGUACAAAGUUUCUAAGGUUGUCUGUGCCUGAACGAACCGAUUUAGUCAAAAAAUCCAAUUUGUGCGUUAACUGUCUAAAUCGGGGGCAUCAAGUAGACAAUUGUAACUUUGGUCAUUGCAAAAAUUGUACUGUUAAGCAUCAUUCUCUGUUGCACGUUUCCGAAUCUUCUACAUCUAACACCAAUACGCAACAGUCUCUAUUUACAUUUAAUUUAAGUUCAAAACAGGUACUUCUAUCCACUGUCUUGUUAGAGGUAGUUGAUUCAAAGGGAAAUCGUCAUGAUUGCAGAGCACUUUUAGAUCCAGGGAGCCAGUCUAAUUUCAUUAGUUCACAUUUAUGCCAUAAACUUGCACUACCAAGAAAGCCUACAAAUAUUACGAUUUCAGGGGCAUUCAAGGUGGAAUCCAAAAUUCAGGCUGUUUGUCAAAUUCAAAUUGUGUCUAAAAACACUCCAUUUACUGCUCCUUUAGUCUGUUUGGUAGCUCCAGAAAUAUGCGAUGUUGUACCCGAAGCUCCUAUUGAUCCAACAGGCAAUACGGUGAUCCUGUUGGCUGUUAUUUGGGCGUUUCCUUUUUUGGACACUAGGCGCCGCAUUUAA